CAGUUAAUUAAAAUUUUCCAUCACUUUCUCUGAUUUUCUCGGAAAAUUCUGAACUUCAAAGACUUCACGAUCACUCAGUGUAAAUUUUCCUUUUCGAAUUCAUGGUUACGUUGCUUUGCAUUGAGGAUUUGGCUUGGUUGAGUUGAUCUACGAAUUUUGAAUCAUCGAGUUUGGAAAAGCUCGUUUCCGCGUUUUCUGAAGAUGAAGCGGCAACGUGACGACGUUUUCAUGAGUUCAUCUCAACUCAAACGACCUAUGCUGAAUACUUCUAGAGGAGAAGCGUCCGGGCAACCGCCGAAUCGAGGUAGUCAAAAACUGACUACUAAUGAUGCCUUGGCAUAUCUCAAGGCGGUCAAGGAUAUUUUUCAGGAUAAGAAGGAAAAGUAUGAGGACUUUUUGGAGGUUAUGAAAGAUUUUAAAGCACAAAGAGUUGAUACUGAUGGUGUCAUUGAAAGAGUGAAGGAACUUUUUAGAGGUCAUAGAGACUUGAUCUUGGGAUUUAACACCUUUUUGCCAAAGGGCCAUGAGAUUACCCUUUCGUCUGAGGAUGAGCAACCUCAACCAAAAAAGAAGGUUGAAUUUGAUGAAGCUAUGAGUUAUGUGAACACGAUAAAGACUCGGUUUCAGGGAGAUGUUCAUGUUUACAAGUCAUUUCUGGACAUAUUGAAUACGUACAGAAAGGAAAGUAAGCCUAUCACUCUGGUCUACAAAGAGGUUGCUGCACUCUUCCAAAACCACCCGGAUCUUCUUGAAGGGUUUAUUCAUUUUCUUCCAGAAGCCACUACAGCUGCAUCUACUCAUGCUUUUGCUCGGAAUUCCAUGUUUGGUGAUAGGAGCUCUGCAAUGCCAACACUACGGCGAGUGCAUGUUGAAAAGAGAGAAAGGACCAUUGUUUCACAUGGUGACCGUGACCCUAGUGUUGACCGUCCUGACCAAGAUCACGAUGGAGGUUCAUUGAGGGCAGAAAAGGAGCGUAAGAGACGUAUGGAGAAGGAAAAAGACCGUAAAGAAGAUAGAGGCAGGAGAGAACGGGAACGAGAUUAUAGAGAUUAUGAGCAUGACAGGGGUCGAGAUAGGGAGAGGUUAUCCCACAAACGAAAAUCUGAUCAUAAGGCUGAAGACUCAGGAGCUGAACCAUUGCUUGAUGCAGAUCAAAAUUUCGGUACGCAAAACCAGGAGUUAGCUUUCUGUGAUAAAGUCAAAGAGAGAUUACAAAAUCCUGGCGACUACCAGGAGUUUUUGAAGUGUGUACAUAUUUACAACAAGGAAAUUAUUACUCGACAAGAAUUGCAGUCACUGGUGGGUGGUUGUGGUUUAUUGGGAGACUAUCCAGAUCUUAUGGAAAGUUUUAAUGAGUUUUUGUUGCAAGCUGAGAAGAAUGGUGGUGGAUUCCUUGCUGGCGUCAUGAAUAGAAAGUCCUUAUGGAUUGAAGGACGUGGACUGAAACCAAUGAAUGCUGAACAGAGGGAUAGAGAUAGGGAUGAUGAUAGGGAUCGUUACAGGGAUGAUGAGAUGAAAGAAAGGGACCGUGAAUUCCGAGAAAGGGACAAAUCUCCUGUGAUCAACAAGGAUGUUUCAGGUUCUAAGAUGUCCUUAUAUCCCAGCAAGGAUAAGUAUCUCUCAAAGCCAAUAAAUGAGCUGGACCUUUCUAACUGUGAGCGAUGCACUCCUAGUUACCGCCUCCUACCAAAAAAUUAUCCAAUACCUAUUGCUAGCCAGAAAACAGAUCUUGGUGCAGAAGUGUUGAAUGAUCACUGGGUGUCAGUCACUUCAGGAAGUGAGGAUUACUCCUUCAAACAUAUGCGCAAAAAUCAGUAUGAAGAAAGUUUGUUUAGAUGUGAAGAUGACAGGUUUGAACUUGAUAUGUUGGUAGAGUCUGUAAGUGUGACAACCACACGAGUAGAAGAGCUGUUAGAAGUGAUCAGCAAAAAUCCAAUUAAAGGAGACAGCCCUAUUUGUAUUGAGGAGCACUUAACAGCUCUAAAUUUCAGGUGUAUUGAACGGAUAUAUGGUGAUCAUGGUCUUGAUGUGUUGGAAGUGCUAAGGAAGAAACCAUCUCUAGCUUUGCCAGUGAUAUUAACACGCUUGAAGCAGAAACAGGAAGAGUGGGCAAGAUGUCGUGCUGAUUUCGGUAAAGUUUGGGCUGAAAUAUAUGCCAAGAAUUAUCACAAAUCUCUUGAUCAUCGUAGCUUCUACUUUAAGCAACAGGACACAAGGAGCUUGAGCACCAAAGCCCUACUGACUGAAAUCAAAGAGAUCAGUGAGAAGAAACACAAAGAAGACGAUGUUCUUCUUGCAAUUGCUGCUGGUAAUAGACGGCCUAUUCUUCCAAACCUGGAGUUUGAGUACAUUGAUCCAGACAUCCAUGAAGAUUUGUAUCGGCUUAUAAAAUAUUCGUGUGCAGAAGUUUGCACAACUGAACAGUUGGAUAAAGUUAUGAAGAUUUGGACAACAUUUUUAGAACCAAUGUUUUGUGUUCCUUGUCGGUCCCAGGGCGCUGAGGAUACUGAAGAAGUUGUGGCUAAGAAUAAUUCUGUGAGAAAUGUUGCUGAAACUGAUGGUAAUCCUGGUGUUGGUGCUACCAUAAUGAACCCAAAGCAUGUAAGUACUUCUAGAAAUGGUGAUGAGUGUGUGCCAAUAGAUCAGUCAACUUCUAGCAAAGCAUGGAAAUCAAAUGGUGAUACUGGGGUUAGAGAAGAUAAAUGUCUUGAUCCAGGCCGUACUAUGCAUAAAAGUGAAACUUUUGGCAGUAAUCCACAACUUGGUAACCCGGAUAUUAUUGCAUUCAUGCCUAAUAAGCUAUCAGGAGUCAAUAAGCAAGAUCUCUCUGGUGAGCGGUUAGAGAAUGCUAAUGUCUCGCCAGCAUCUGGAAUGGAGCUAAGUAAUGGAAGAACAGAGAUAGAUAACACAUCAGGAUUUGCUGCUACUCCAUCUAGAAAUGGUAAUGCAUCUGUCACCAGAGGACUCGAGUUACCUUCAUCAGAGGGUGGUGAUUCUGCUAGACUAUAUGCAUCCACAAAUGGGGCCGUUGCUGGAGGCACUGAAGUGUGCAGAUACCAAGAGGAAUCGAAUCCACAGUUCAAAAGCGAAAGAGAAGAGGGUGAGUUAUCUCCAAAUGGAGACUUUGAAGAGGAUAAUUUUGCAGUUUAUGGAGAUGCUGGUUCGGAGGCAGUGCAUAAAGGAAAUGAUGGUGGUUUGAAACGGCAAUAUCAAAAUAGACGUGGCGAAGAAGUUUGUGGUGAAGCCAGAGGAGAAAAUUAUGCAGAUGCUGAUGAUGAAGGGGAAGAAAGUCCUCAGAGGUCAUCAGAGGGCAGUGAAAACGCUUCUGGAAACGUUGAUGUUUCUGGAAGUGAAUCUGCUGAUGGAGAGGAGUGCUCUCAAGAAGAGCAUGAUGAUGGAGAACAUGAUGAUAAGGCUGAAAGUGAAGGUGAAGCUGAAGGAAUGGCUGAUGCACAUGAUGUUGAAGGAGAUGGAACAUCAUUACCAUUUUCUGAACGCUUUCUUCUAAAUGUGAAGCCAUUGGCAAAGCAUGUUCCCCCAGUGUUACAUGUUGAAGACAAGAAUUCUCGAGUUUUUUAUGGAAAUGACUCCUUCUAUGUGCUGAUUAGACUUCAUCAGACAUUGUAUGAGAGGAUACACGCAGCAAAGGUUAACUCAUCAUCCACUGAAAGGAAAUGGAAGGCUUCAAAUAAUACAAGCUCCACUGAUCAAUAUGAUAGGUUCAUGAUUGCCCUUUACAGUUUACUGGAUGGCUCUUCUGAUAAUUCAAAAUUUGAGGAUGACUGUCGUGCUAUUAUUGGAACUCAAUCAUAUCUCUUAUUCACAUUAGACAAACUAAUAUAUAAACUUGUUAAACAGCUUCAAGCUGUUGCGAGUGAUGAGAUGGAUAAUAAGCUGCUUCAACUAUAUGCAUAUGAGAAAUCAAGAAAACCUGGAAAGUUUGUCGAUAUAGUUUAUCACGAAAAUGCUCGUGUUCUUCUUCAUGAUGAGAACAUAUAUCGUAUUGAAUAUUCACCAAAACCAAAGACACUGUCUAUUCAACUCAUGGACUGUGGAAAUGAGAAGCAUGAAGUGACUGCUGUGUUAGUGGACCCAAAUUUUUCAGCCUAUCUGCACAAUGAUUUCCUCUCUAUUGCCUCUGACAAAAAGUUGGGGAUUUUCUUGAAAAGGAACAAACGUGGCUACGCCUGUAGUGAUGAAUUUUCAAGCGAGGUUAUGGAAGGACUGCAGAUUAUUAAUGGUCUGGAGUGUAAGAUAGCUUCCAAUUCUUCUAAGGUGUCGUACGUCUUAGAUACAGAAGACUUCUUGUUUCGGACUAGAAGCAGAAGAAAAGCAUUGCAUCUGAAGAGUUCAUGCUAUGAACAACGAAAGCCUUCAAACAUUCGUUCAAGCAGAGUAGCAAGGUUCCGCAAAUUGUUUUCCUUCAUGUGACAGUGUACAUUCUGAGUUGGGAGUAUUUCAUUGGUAGAGGGGCCGGAUGUAAACGACAUUGUAUCCUAGAAGUUGAUCAAAGGAUGUACAAUAUUUCAUCAUAUUUUAUUUAUAGGUAAACUAAUAAAGGUUACAGAAGGGGGAGGCAUGGUGCUGCAAGGAGAGGAAUAGAGAUUACAGUAUACCGUAAUUUGAUGGUUGAUUAUGACUCACAAUAAUGUGAAUGUAAAUAGGUGUAAUUUGUCAUUUAAACUAGAGAACUUUUUAUUCCAUUCCUCCAUAGUUUUGUUAUCAACUUUAUUAUUUUACAUUCCCUUUAGCUUUGAUGACAUUGAGGCUAUUUUUUAUUUUUAUUUUUGAAUGAUUUGGUGGCUGCAAUUGGCCUUAUUUCAAAUACCAAUAGCAUUCUCUGAAUAAUGCAAUUUCUGGUAUGGUAAUUUAAGGUAA